CUCCAAGCACUAUAGAUAGGGAAAAACAUGGACGACAGAAGUGUCUGUACUCCGCUUCUUGCUGGGUCAGACACUCAAAAUAACAGUACUAGUACCCCUAACGCGGUUUCUGUCACAGAUGCUGACAAAGUAAUAAACACUAAAAUAGAUAGCACCCAGGUUGAAGGAGACAAGAGUGAAGCGGAGCUACUCGAGGGUCUCCUCACUGACGACUACUGCCGUGUGUGUGAGGCCGUGCUGCUCUUUGAGUCUCAGCGGCUGUCGCACUAUGAGGGAAAGAAACAUGCUCAGAAACUCAAGGUGUACAUGCAGGCCAAGAGAGCUGAGAAGAUGGACAAAGAGUACACAAGACUCCAGCGGACCAUGACUUCUGAUAAGGACCAUUUCUGUGAGCUGUGUAACAUGGUGUUUAGUUCUCACGUGGUGGCAAAAUCGCACUAUGAAGGCAAAACCCAUGCAAAACAUCUUCGUAAACAAGGUCUUCAGCCCCCAGUUCCAGACUCGUACACAGAGGUGCAUACUUUACCAAGUCUGGUUCGGGAUCCUGAUGAUGCUGACCAGAGAUCAGCCCCACAGGGUGAUGUGGAGCAUCUUCUGGACCCAACAGCCACCGCAGCGACCCCCAGCACAGAGGUUGACCUGAAGGACCCUAACAAGUACUGUGCGCUGUGUGCUGCUUCCUUCAACAAUCCCCAAAUGGCUUUGCAGCACUACAAUGGACGCAAACACCAGAGGAAUCAGGCCAGACGGGACCUGCUCAAAGAGCUCGGAGACCAUGUCCAACAAGCCAACUCCCUGAUGUGCCAGAUGUGUAGCGUGCAAUUUAACUCUGUGGAGAUGUACCAGGCUCAUAUGCAAGGAAACAAACACCAGAUUAGGGAGAAAAAGGUCGUCGACCUGUGCAAAUCUCAACAAAAAGACUACAACACAUAUGCAGAUGAACUGGCAGAUUACAUUCAGGUCCAGAAGGCUCGUGGAAUCACCCCCAGUGCCGGUCAACUCCUCCCUCUGGGUGACGCACAAAAAGAAGGUGAGGAAGAGGAAAAAGAAGAGGAAGCAUGGGGGGAUGUCAUUGAACUCAACAAACGCAUGCCCAACCUCCCUCCCACCUCUAACCCUCCGCAUCAUUCCCGCCCUGGCUGCUACAACCCAGUUGUAGGGUGGCGUCCUCCACUUCAGGGCCCACCCUGGCCUUCCCAUCACUGGGAUUACAGCUGCCCUCCUCCGGUCCCCCCAGGCGAAGGCUUUCCACUGUUAACUAAUCCACCCACAAAUAGAAAGAGGCGCAGAAAGAAGUUGAGCUCCUCCUCGUGUACGACUUCAUCGUCUUACUCCUCCUCCUAUAGCAGUAGCACAAGUGAUAGCGAUGACAGUGAGUACAGGCGCAGAGAAAAGAGGAGGAUUAGAAGAUCCAGGAGGGAGGGAGACAGGAAGGCAAGGGAUGAGGACUCAGACAAGAAGGAGAAGAGGAGGAAGCCACGGAGGAGGGAAAGAAAUAAUGACUCUGAGGAGAGGAGAAGAGAGGAAUCUGGAGAGUCCGAGAAAGAGAGCAGGAGAAAAAAGCCCAAAAGACACGGCAAGCAGAGAAGACGAGAAAAUAAAUCCCCGGAGGAAGACUUAGAGGUGGAAGGAGUGGAAAGGGUGACGGACAAUUUAAUGCCAGAGGACAUGAUGGACAAUAGAAAAGAGACUGAAGUGCAUAUUCAGGCUGAAAUGAGUGUUGAACAGGGGGAAGGUGGACAGGACGAGCCAGCCAAACCAAAAUACAGGAAAGAGAAGAAGAAGACAAAAGAGAAAGUAGACACUAGGACAGAGGAGGAGAAGCUGUGGGAUGACUCCAUUCUGGGCUGUUAAACUCAAAAGCCCCAGACUAUUGUCAUUGUGAGCAAGACAUUUAAAAUAUACACAAACUGUCCAUUUUAGAGUAUUCUUUAUAGCAGAUAACAAAGCAGUUUUAACUAUCUGCUCUGACAGCCCAGAAGUGUUGUUCAUAGGUGUGCUAACUGGCGAGCCGUGCUAAGUCAAUUUAUUUUUGUUAAGAAUUGUUUCUCACACAUAUCCACAGCUGACUUUAUUUUUCACUAAGACACUUAAUAUAUUUCAUUUAAUUAACUUGCACAUCUUUCGUUAUUGUUUGCUGUAAUACUUAGGAUAUUUUUUUUGGUUUUGCCUAUCAUUUGAAAUGAUCAAUAAGACACUUGACUUAUUAAUGCACCGAUAUGUUUCUGUAUCUUGUGGGGGUUUUUAGCAGCCUGUGGUGGGCACUGUUGAGCUUCAUUCAGAGCACCAGUACAGCAAAUAAAAGCCCACCGACGUUU